AAGUUCCUGCCAGGAUCGCAUAGUCUGUCCCAAUUGAAUAUGUUCAUCUAGAAGCACGACACUAGAAAGAAGCUGCAGCAUGAAAGUGUUGGUGGGUCGAAAAUGGAGCCAUUCCAAGUCCCCGGGGCUGCAUACGCCGUUUCGAUCCUUUCCCGGGAUAAUCCCAUCAUGCAGGUGCCUUCUUCUACCCUUUUCUUAAUGUUCCUUUAUCACAAGCUCUCUACGGUUCUUGUUAAGAUAAGAAAGAAGCCAGCGUAUCAACUUUCUAUAUUUCUAUGGCACACUUCCAAUUUCUCCCCAUGCUGCUGCAUAUCUUACUGCUUGCUUGGCAUUAUCAGCUUCACGAGUAUCAAGUUCAACCUUUACAUUAUUUACCUAUGCUUCCAAAAUUCUACGUGCCUUGAAAAGAGGGGCAUUGCCAACGAUGCAUUUUGAUUCGCCUCACUUUCACAUUUCCCAAGUACGCCGUUGAGGCCGUUGGUUCUAUUUAAUCUUGCUCGGUUUUUCUUUUCUAUAUUACAUCACAUUCUACCGGAUUCUAUGUACUAAUACGACCCCGGCUACACAAGUGGCUAAGAUGAUUUAACGACUUGAAGU